UUGGGUAGUGGUAAAUGAGAUACCCACCUUACCUCCCUUUUGUCAUCUCCUUAAGUGCAUGGGGAAAACACAAAGGGCUGGACAGUCUUGAGCAAUGUGCAAAAAUUUUCUUUGUAAGAAUUGAUCACUUAGCGAAAGGAGAAAAGAUUCUCAUUACUACUUCUGUGUAUCAGAUGCUAGUGCUGCACUCCAUUUCACAAUGGCCUCCCUUGCUGCAGCAAAUGCAGAAUUUUGCUUCAAUCUGUUCAGAGAGAUGGACAACAAUCAAGGAAAUGGAAAUGUGUUCUUUUCGUCUCUGAGCCUCUUCACUGCCCUGGCCUUGGUCCGUUUGGGUGCUCGAGGUGACUGUGCUUCCCAGAUUGAUAAGAUGCUUCACUUUAAUACUGGCUCCCAAUAUGAAAACUCUUCUAAUCGUCAGCCUGGACUCCAGUUUCAACUGAAAAGAGUUCUCUCAGAUAUAAAUGCAUCACACAAGAAUUAUGAUCUCAGCAUUGUCAAUGGUCUUUUUGCAGAAAAAGUGUAUGACUUUCAUAGGAACUACCUUGAAUGUGCUAAAAAAUUAUACAACGCCAAAAUAGAACGAGUUGACUUUACUAAUGAUUUAGAAGACACCAGACAUAGUAUUAAUGAAUGGAUUCAAAAUGCAACACAUGGCAAAAUCAAAACCGUGUUUGAGGAAGGUAGCAUAAGCUCCUCUGCUGUCAUGGUGCUCGUGAAUGCUGUGUACUUCAAAGGCAGGUGGAAAUCAGCCUUCAUCAAGAGUGAAACCAUACAUUGCCGUUUCAAGUCCCCAAAGUGUUCUGGGAAAGCAGUUGCCAUGAUGCAUCAGGAACGGAAGUUCAAUUUGUCUGUUAUUAAGGACCCAUCUAUGCAGGUUCUUGAGCUCAAAUAUAAUGGUGGCAUAAGCAUGUACAUUCUACUACCUGAGAAUGACAUAUCCCAAAUUGAAAGUAAACUGACCUUUCGGAAUCUAAUGGAAUGGACCAAUCCAAGAAAAAUGACCUCUCAGUAUGUCGAGGUGUUUUUCCCUCAGUUCAAGAUAGAGAAGGAUUAUGAGAUCAAAUACUAUUUAAAAGCCCUAGGGCUGAAAGAUAUCUUUGAUGAAUCCCGAGCUGACCUCUCUGGGAUAGCUUCAGGAGGCCGUCUAUAUUUGUCAAAACUAAUGCACAAGUCUUACAUAGAGGUCACCGAGGAGGGUACUGAGGCUACUGCUGCCACGGGAAGUAACAUCGUAGAAAAGCAACUUCCUGAGUCUACAGUGUUUAGAGCUGACCACCCAUUCCUGUAUUUCAUCAUGAAGGAUAAUAUCAUCUUAUUUAGUGGCAAAGUCUCUUGCCCUUGAAAAUGCAAUGGGUUUUUAUGACAAUAGUCCCCACAUCAAAGAACCACCUCAAGUGAAUAGAUUUGAAUUUAAUUUGAGACACGUAGUGUUUCCUGUGAGUUUGCUUCUUCCUAAUGUUAGUCAGCAAAUGACUUGAUUCUUCUCAGACAC